AUGGCUUUGCACGGGGGCUUGUCGGCCAAAAGGAGUGUGUUCUUUGGGAACGUCUGCUCAAUGGGGCAGUUGGACAAGGGCAAGUUGACGAACAAAGAGCGCAAAUAUGUUGACAAGUCUGGGAAGAAACGAUUUGUUGGAGAUAAGAAGGCUUUGAAGGCCAGCCAGUACCGGCCUUGGUACUUUGCAUGGUGUAGUCAAUGA